UCAUCCAUUAAUAUUCUCUCGCUAAGCGCUCAAAGGAUCACUCUCUCUCCGUUAAACCGAAGCAUUAAACAUUCGUCAAUGGCGGGUCGAGGCAAAACAUUAGGAUCUGGCAACGCCAAGAAGGCCACCUCUCGGAGCAGCAAGGCCGGUCUUCAAUUCCCCGUUGGUCGUAUUGCCCGGUUCCUCAAGGCUGGAAAAUACGCUGAACGGGUCGGUGCCGGCGCCCCCGUUUACCUCGCCGCCGUCCUUGAAUACCUAGCCGCCGAGGU